CGUUUCUGUCUCGGGGGAUAACUAUCUCUACCUGUGUGUGUAUGUGUUACUCUUCGGUUGUUUACUUACUCGUUUCACACCGAGCUCGUGACUAAAAAGGUCAUUUAUUAAACAACCGUUUAACGUUAGUCGUUAUAAAAAGCUGCACUGCAAGCUGAGCCUUUAAUCAAACCACAGACGUAAACUAACGGACACAGAGCGAGUUGUUGUCGGUUUUUAGCAGGUUUUACGUCAUAUUAGCUGUUAGCUAACGUGUUGUUAGCCGUUAGCUAACUCAGCGGUUGUUCCGGAGGAGCUUCAGGCAGCUGCAGCAGAGGUCAUCAGCUCUGAGAUGAUGGCGAACCCUCUGAGGGCCGAAGUGAUCCGACUCUAUAAAAACCUCCUGUACCUCGGUAGGGAGUACCCUAAAGGCGGCGAGUACUUCAGGGACCGUCUGCGAGCGGCGUUCACGAAGAACAAGAGUGUGCAGGAGCCGGAGAAGAUCAAGGAGAUGAUCGCUCGGGGAGAGUACGUGGCCAAAGAGCUGGAGGCGCUGUACUACCUGAGGAAAUACAGAGCCAUGAAGAAACGCUACUACGAGGACUAGAAAGCUCCUCAGAGACUCAGUCCUCAUAGUCCCUCAGGGCCGGGUGGCGUUCAGGGACCUUCUACAGGGCCGGGUGGCGUUCAGGGACCUUCUACAGGGCCGGGUGGCGUUCAGGGACCUUCUACAGGCCGGGUGGCGUUCAGGGACCUUCUACAGGGCCAGGUGGUGUUCAGGAACCUCCUACCUUCAACCUUCUAUCAGAAAUUAGGAUUUUGUUCAACAAAGUUGUCAAAAAAAAUAACAUGGAUGGUUCCCUACAACGCUCUUCAAGUUAAAUAAAUGAUCAGUUCACUACUA